GAAACCCCACGAUCCGGUACCUCUGGUCCCCACAGCCGGCGAGAGUGGAGCUCCACUGGCGAGAACACAGCACCACAGCACACUCCAAGACCUACCACAGGAAAACACGUCAUGUCAGCCAAAGCCAUCUCUGAGCAGACGGGAAAGGAGUUCCUCUACAAGUACAUCUGCACAUCGGCAGCCGUCCAGAACAGAUUCCGCUAUGCCAACGUGACCGCCGAGACUGACUUUGAUCGACUGGCGCAGGAUCAGCCGUGGUUGCUCACAGAGAGGCUCGUGGUGAAGCCGGACCAGCUGAUUAAGAGGCGAGGGAAGCUGGGCCUGGUUGGCGUUAACCUUGACCUGCAUGGCGUCAAACAGUGGCUGAAGACCCGCCUCAUGAAAGAAACCACAGUGGGAAAAGCCAAGGGGGUUCUGAAGAAUUUCCUUAUCGAGCCGUUUGUCGCCCAUAAGCAGGAGGAGGAGUUCUACGUGUGCAUCUAUGCCACCCGAGAUGGAGACUAUGUGUUGUUCCACCAUGAGGGAGGUGUGGACGUGGGAGACGUGGACGCCAAAGCCAAGAAACUGCUGAUUGGAGUUGAUGAAAAGAUCACUGAAGAGGCUGUGACGAAAGAGCUGCUGACCCACGCCCCCAACGACAAGAAAGCAGUCUUGGCCAGCUUUAUUGUCGGUCUCUUUAACCUGUACGAAGACCUUUUCUUCACCUACCUGGAGAUCAACCCAUUAGUGGUCACAAAAGAUGGAGUUUAUGUCCUGGACAUGGCAGCAAAGAUUGAUGCCACUGCUGACUACAUCUGCAAGGCCAAGUGGGGGGACGUGGAGUUCCCCCCACCCUUCGGCAGGGAGGCCUAUCCUGAGGAGGCUUACAUCGCCGACCUGGACGCAAAGAGCGGCGCCAGCCUUAAACUCACUCUGCUGAACCCUCGUGGUAGAAUCUGGACCAUGGUGGCAGGAGGAGGAGCCUCGGUGGUCUACAGUGACACUAUCUGUGACCUGGGAGGAGUGACUGAACUGGCCAAUUACGGCGAGUAUUCCGGAGCGCCGAGUGAGCAGCAGACGUACGACUACGCUAAAACCAUCCUGUCUCUGAUGACCAGAGAGAAGCAUCCGGAUGGGAAAGUUUUGAUCAUUGGAGGAAGUAUUGCAAACUUUACAAAUGUUGCAGCGACAUUUAAGGGUAUUGUCAGAGCCAUCAGAGAUUAUCAGGUGCCGCUAAAGGAGCAUGAAGUCACCAUUUUUGUGCGACGUGGAGGCCCCAACUACCAGGAGGGUCUCAGAGUGAUGGGAGAAGUCGGCAAGACCACUGGGAUCCCCAUUCACGUCUUUGGCACUGAAACCCACAUGACCGCCAUUGUUGGCAUGGCACUCGGCCACCGACCAAUCCCCAACCAGCCCCCCGUCGCUGCCCACACUGCCAACUUCCUCCUCAACUCCAGUGGCAGCACAUCGACCCCAUCGUCCAGCAGGACUGCUUCUUUCUCUGAAAACAAAGCCAAAGUCGAGGGCUCUCCAGCAAAAAAAGCCAAAACCGGUGCUCCUGCUGCCAAAGCAACAACGCUCUUCAGUAAACACACCAAAUCCAUUGUGUGGGGUAUGCAGACCCGGGCAGUACAGGGGAUGCUGGACUUUGACUAUGUUUGCUCCAGAGAGGAACCAUCAGUGGCAGCGAUGGUCUACCCUUUCACUGGUGACCACAAGCAGAAGUUCUACUGGGGCCAUAAGGAGAUCCUUCUCCCUGUGUUUAAAAACAUGAGCGAUGCCAUGAAGAAGCACCCAGAUGUGGAUGUGCUCAUUAACUUCGCCUCUCUGCGUUCAGCCUUUGACAGCACCAUGGAGACCAUGCAGUACCCACAGAUUCACACCAUUGCCAUCAUAGCUGAGGGCAUCCCUGAGGCCCACACCAGGAAGAUCAUCAAGGCAGCAGAUGAGAAAGGCAUCACCAUCAUUGGACCAGCAACUGUUGGAGGAAUUAAACCAGGCUGCUUUAAAAUUGGAAACACAGGAGGAAUGCUGGACAACAUCCUCGCCUCAAAGCUCUAUCGUCCAGGCAGCGUGGCCUAUGUGUCCCGUUCAGGCGGCAUGUCCAACGAACUCAACAAUAUCAUUUCCCGCACAACUGAUGGUGUGUUUGAAGGUGUGGCCAUUGGUGGAGACAGAUACCCAGGCUCUGUGUUCACGGACCAUGUGCUGCGGUACCAGGACACUCCUGGAGUCCAAAUGAUCGUUGUACUAGGAGAGAUUGGAGGCACAGAGGAGUAUAAGAUUUGCCAGGCCAUUAAGCAAGGCAGGAUCACAAAGCCGGUGGUGUGUUGGUGUAUCGGUACUUGUGCCACCAUGUUCUCUUCAGAGGUCCAGUUUGGUCAUGCAGGAGCCUGUGCCAAUCAGGCAUCUGAGACUGCAGUGGCAAAGAACAAGGCUCUGAAGGAGGCCGGAGCCUUCGUACCCAAGAGCUUCGAUGAACUGGGAGAGGUUAUCAAAUCUGUGUAUGACGACCUUGUUGCCAAAGGAGUCAUCCAACCUGCUGAGGAGGUGCCUCCUCCGACUGUACCCAUGGAUUAUUCCUGGGCAAGAGAGCUGGGUCUGAUCCGUAAGCCCGCCUCCUUCAUGACCAGUAUCUGUGAUGAGAGGGGUCAGGAGCUCAUCUACGCAGGCAUGCCCAUCACUGAGGUCUUCAAGUCUGAAAUCGGCCUCGGGGGAACCCUGGGCCUGCUGUGGUUCCAGAGGAGGUUGCCCCGUUACGCCUGUCAGUUCAUCGAGAUGUGCCUGAUGGUGACUGCGGAUCAUGGCCCGGCUGUUUCUGGAGCUCAUAACACCAUCGUCUGUGCUCGGGCCGGAAAAGAUCUCAUCUCCAGCCUCACCUCCGGCCUGCUCACCAUUGGUGACCGCUUUGGUGGCGCUUUAGACGCUGCAGCGAAGCAGUUCAGCAAAGCGUUUGACAGCGGCAUGUUACCCAUGGAGUUUGUCAACAAGAUGAAGAAGGACGGAAAGCUAAUCAUGGGCAUCGGACACAGAGUCAAGUCGAUUAAUAAUCCUGACAUGAGAGUCCAGAUCCUGAAAGACUUUGUGAAGCAGCACUUCCCGUCCACCCAGCUGCUGGACUACGCUCUAGACGUAGAGAAGAUCACCACAUCCAAAAAACCCAACUUGAUCCUAAAUGUGGAUGGAUUCAUUGGUGUGGCCUUCGUGGACUUACUCAGGACUUGUGGUGGAUUUACACGGGAUGAAGCUGAUGAGUUUGUGGAAAUUGGAGCUUUGAAUGGUAUCUUUGUCCUGGGACGCAGCAUGGGAUUCAUUGGACACUACUUGGACCAGAAGAGGCUGAGGCAGGGUCUGUACCGCCACCCAUGGGACGAUAUCUCCUACGUGCUUCCAGAACACAUGUCUAUGUAAACGGAUGGACGAAAACCACAGAGUGCCACGCCCAUUUUCCCUAGAAUAUCCCCUCCCCCCCUUGGCCAUCAAUCCUCCGCCCAUACUGUGACCCGUCACCCACAACUAGUGACACAAUAUAGGAAGAUGUUACUAUUAAUAUAAAUGUAAAUAUCAACUUUUAGCAGUGUAGAGAUGUUUUUACUUUGGGAAAAUUAUGUUUUGUGAAUCAGUGGGGAAAGGUGAUGAUCAAUCAGGUACAUAUGAGGGAGUUAAACUGGAUUAUUCAACUUGUGUCUAUUUUCUUGGCUACAACAGUGAAGUAUUUUUGUUUAUCCUGAAAUAUUACAUCAUUGUUGUAUUAAUCAAGCAUGUUGUGUCUGUGUGCAGCUCUAUAUUCCUUGUGCCACUUGAGAAUCAUGGGAUACAAUAGUUGUAGUGCAAUAAUAACAUAUAUAACGAGAACACACUGUAGAUCAGAGCUUUAUUUAUGUAUGAGUUUACAUAGUAAAAUAUAAGUGGUACAAGAACAUAAAAGUAUAAUUUUCUGUGCUGUUUUUGACACCGUGGUAAAAUGAGAAGCAGACCGCUAUCUGUGACCAAUGGGACCAUUUUAUGAGUCUUUCCUGGCAUCUGCUGCCAUUUUAUGUCCCCAGAAAAUUGUGUGUCUGCGAGCGAAUAAUGGGAGUGUUUCCUUAGAGGAUUUAACUGGAGGAGUCGCUAAUAACAAGUGGUACUUGCUUUCUCUACCGAAGCAGAUUGGGGCUGUUUUUUUUUUCUUUUCUCUAGUGUAAUUGAAGCUCGUCUGUGUCGUCGCUUUGUUUUAAACUGUUUCAAUGUGAACUCAAUGUGCCUCUGUACUAAUGAAUAAUAAAGCAAUGUAUGUUGACAAGUGUGUAGCUGGGUAAAAUAGAAUGUAAUUAAGCUGAUGCA